AAUAGACAAACUAAAGUUAUUCAAAUUAUUUUGAAUAGCGGGAAAUUAUAUAGAUAGGUUUGAUAAUAUUCUAUGGUUGAUGUUGUGAACACAGCGGGAGAACAUGAAGUUAUGCACCUUAUCAAAUUGAUUCAGGCAGAACAAAGGAUUUCAGGAGAGUGUCGUUUCUAUAGUAUUCUAUGCCCAAACCAAGAACAUAAAAAUACAUCACCGACUGAAUACCGAUGUUUAAUCUCUCGUAACUCGUUCAGUGAAAUUACGUCAUUGAUCAGGUGAACGAUAGCGUUUUUUUGUUCUCGCUGCCGCACACCGCACACGGACUGUCUCGUAACUUCUUUCACCUGUGGGGCUUGCUCGUCUGUUAAACGUACUUCCAGAAUGCGACAUGUACUCAACGCCCAUUGUGACGAAUCGGAUUAAGUCUUGAUCUUAGACUUGGACCAAUACAGAUAUCUGUAAAUGUGUGCAACGUCAUAACUAUAAACUUGUCAACCAACAGCAAAAAUGUUACCAUCUUGUUCAAUAUGUGACGAUUAUUUCACCGGACUUCAUCCUGAAUCAGUUCAUACAACACGUUGUGGUCAUGUUUUCCACUACGAAUGUCUCAUGACAUGGAUUCAAAGAUCCCAAACAUGUCCACACUGUCGGUCAAAAGUAACCAAAAAGAAAACUAUUAAAUUAUAUUUUCACAAGAAUUCAAAUUUAAGUAUAAAAGAAGACAUUUCUUCACUGACAGACCAAGUGCAAUCACUUACAUAUGAAAAUACUCUGAAGAAAGAUGAAAUAAAAAAAUUGUUAACAAUAACUAAAAAAGAUAAAGAACAACUGGAUUCAUUUAAGAAACAAUUCAAAGAUAUGAAAGACAUAAUACAAGGCCAUCAAACAUUUGUAUCUGCUUUAGAAGAAAAUAUCAGUUUUCUUAAAUCUAAAUGCAAAAAAUCUAUUUGCUACAAACUUGAAGCUGAAGAAUUAAGAAAAUAUUUGGUAAAAUACCAAUCUGUAAAAGAAGACAUAUCUUCACUGACAGACCAAGUGCAAUCUCUUACAUAUGAAAAUACUCUGAAGAAAGAAGAAAUAAAAAAAUUGUUAACAAUAACUAAAAAAGAUAAAGAACAACUGGAUUCAUUAAAGAAACAAUUCAAAGAUAUGAAAGACAUAAUACAAGGCCAUCAAACAUUUGUAUCCGCUUUAGAAGAAAAUAUCAGUUUUCUUAAAUCUGAAUGCAAAAAAUCUAUUUGCUACAAACUUGAAGCUGAAGAAUUAAGAAAAGAUUUGGUAAAAUACCAAUUUAUAAAAGAAGACAUAUCUUCACUGACAGACCAAGUGCAAUCACUUACAUAUGAAAUUACUCUGAAGAAAGAAGAAAUAAAAAAAUUGUUAACAAUAACUAAAAAAGAUAAAGAACAACUGGAUUCAUUAAAGAAACAAUUCAAAGAUAUGAAAGACAUAAUACAAGGCCAUCAAACAUUUGUAUCCGCUUUAGAAGAAAAUAUCAGUUUUCUUAAAUCUGAAUGCAAAAAAUCUAUUUGCUACAAACUUGAAGCUGAAGAAUUAAGAAAAGAUUUGGUAAAAUACCAAUCAAUAAACAGUAUAUUAUAUGGAACAGCUGCGGAUUCUCAAGAAGCUGUAUCUUUGUUAAAAAAAAAGACUGAUGUUGAAACUUUAUGUUUACUUAUAACCUCUUUUAAAAAAGAAAUUCAGACUUUAAAAGAAAGCAAUAGAGAUUUGGAAACUAAGUUUUCACAAUGUGUCACUAAAUACAUGGAACUUAAAAGACAUAUUUUGUGCAAUGAAAAUUCAAAACAAUCCGUGAAUACCCAAGUAGUGGAAAAAUUAGAAUCAGGAAUUACUGAUUUUGAAGCAGAAAUUGAAAGACUACAAAAAAAAUGUGAAAAUUUAAAAUCUUUGGUGCAAGCAAAUGAUGAUACUCCAAGAAGAACUGAAUUACGUAAAAGAAUAAUAUACGAAAAUCCAGCUCUUGAUUUGUCCAUUACUCCAAGUUUAGAAAAAGGUUUAAAAACUGUUAUAAACUCUCCAGAAAAUUCAGUUUCCUCAAUGGAACAACCAAAAGGUCAAUUAAAGCCACAAAGUUUAAACAACAAAAGAGAACAAUCAUCAUCACAAUGUGUCAACACAUUUAUGCCAAAAAGUCCUCGAAGACCAAUUGGAUUUGUGAGACCACCUUUAACUACUAAAUCGGUAAGUGCAAAUAAUAUAUCAAAAUCUAUGGUUUAUUCAAGUAGUUCGGACGAAGAAAUGUAUGAAGGUCUUGCUCGUCGUUCGAAACCAGAUGUGUACCCUAGCCGACAGAAACCAGUAACUAGAAAACGAAAAUAUGACGAAAAUUAGUUUAUAAUUUCAAAAAAGAAAAAAACCACCAUCAAUUAAAAGUAAUAGUAUUUUGGAUAGUUUUUUAUCUGCCGAAAUUCAUUAAUUAUGUAUAGUUUACUAAAAAAUAACAUAUUUAUAUAA